AUGUCUCACCCUGACAACGUGCGUCCCACCGGUAUCAGCCUUACGAUAGCACAGACGUUCUCCAACAACGGUGCAAAGGUGUAUACCGCGGGCCCUCACGCGGAUGUGCUCGAAGAGACCACACGAGUGUGGGGGAGGGCGCUCCUUCACCCCCACGGCCAGCUCGCAUCGAUCGAGAAUCUGCGAGUGAACACCCUGGUCAACAAUGCGAGGGGAAGCCUCGGGACGAGCGAGGUCGAGAAGCGCGACUCGGGCGGCGGCGGCGCGACGGAGCUGCGAGAGGAGUUGUGGCGAGAGGACCUCGCGGACUGGGAGUCCGUCUACCGCACGAACGUCAUCGGGUACUUCUUCACGGCGGCGGCUUUUUUACCGCUGCUCUCCGCUGCGGCUCGCGGGGGGCACACCGGCACCGUGAUCAAUAUUUCGUCCAUGCUGGGCAUCACGCGCACGACGCAGCAUCACUUCAAGGACAACGUCUCCAAGGCGGCUACGAUUGACCUCACUACGCUGCUCGCGCAGGAGUUCUGUCGGCCUACGGCGACACGCCUCCUGAGUAGGGCGAGAAGAAGGGCAUCCCGGCGGGGGCAACCGGGGAAGGAGGAAGACAUGGCGCAAACUGUGUUGUUCUCAGCCUGCUAUGAAUAUGCGUAUGGACAGAUUGUGGCAGCGGAAGGAGGCUAUCUCCUCGAGCACCCAUAA